CGAAGCGGAAGUGUGUCGUAUGAGCGGAUGUGUGCGUGUUGUUACUGAGCAGUGAUGAUGAUGCAGUGAGGAGGGAGAGCUGUCAUAUCAGCAGCAAAUGGAGUAUCCUCACUAUAAAGUGUUCAAACCUGAAAUGCGUUAUUCAUACGCGUCCGGCGCCGUCUUCAGCUGAUCAUACGGAGAAAAGGCGCGUCCGACGAGAAACCAGCUUCUGAAUCAGGGGAUGGAGGCACACAGCUCAGGCCUCGGCAGGAAGAGGAAGAGAGAGGAGUUGAACGGUGAGAUGAAGGAGGCCGAGUGUUUCCGAAAACUUCCACGGAGGACUUUGGGCCUGACUGAACCUGCACCGUUCGCUGAUGAGCUAAUGGCUGCAAGAACCCCAUACGUUCGUGUCAGCAUGAAAGAAGCCCGCCGUGGCACUCCAGAGGACCGUCCAGUUCGCGUCUAUGCUGACGGGAUCUUUGACAUGUUUCACUCCGGACACGCUCGUGCUUUGAUGCAGGCCAAGUGCCUUUUCCCCAACACGCAUCUCAUUGUGGGCGUGUGCAGCGAUGAUUUGACGUAUAAAUUUAAGGGUUUCACUGUCAUGAACGAGGAUGAACGUUACGACGCAGUGAGUCACUGUCGUUAUGUUGAUGAGGUGGUCCGCAACGCUCCAUGGACGCUGACGCCUGAAUUUCUGGCCGAGCACAGAAUAGACUUUGUCGCCCAUGACGACAUCCCAUACAUCUCAGCAGGAAGUGAUGAUGUUUACAAACAUAUAAAGGAGGCAGGUAUGUUCGCACCAACUCAGAGAACCGAGGGCAUCUCCACAUCCGAUAUAAUCACACGAAUCGUACGUGACUAUGAUGUUUACGUGCGCCGCAACCUGCAGAGAGGCUACACUGCCAAAGAGCUGAACGUCAGCUUCAUCAACGAGAAGAAGUACCACCUGCAGGAGCACGUGGACAAGGUGAAGCAGAAGGUCCGAGAUGUGGAGGAAAAGAGUAAAGAGUUUGUGCAGAAGGUGGAGGAGAAGGGCAUCGACCUCAUUCAGAAAUGGGAGGAGAAGUCACGGGAGUUCAUCAGGAACUUCCUGCAGAUGUUCGGCCCGGACGGGGCCUUGAAGCACAUGUUGAAAGAGGGAAAAGGACGGAUGUUACAGGCCAUCAGUCCCAGACAGAGCCCCAGCAGCAGUCCCGUCCGCGAGGAGCGCUCGCCGUCCCCCACUUUCCGUCUGCCCUUCUUCACCUCCUCACCAUUCUUUUCUCCUCCUCCUCAUCACAGCAGCGCACACUGCACAGGCAAAGAUGAGGACGACUAGCUCGACAUCAGACUCACAAGCAGCUCUUUCUUUAAGCCAUUUUGAGUAGCCAAGAAUAUAAAUGAAGGAUGGACUAGCUCAAGAUUUAUUUGAAUAUGAAAAA